AUGGCGAAUACGAACGCUCCCACGGCGGCUCAGCAGCAGCAAACGCCGCCUCCUCCUCCUCCUACGGCGACGGCGAUCGAUGGAUUAACGACGGACGAGCUAACAUCGAAAGCUCUGAACAAGAGAUACGAAGGGUUAAUGACGGUGAGGACAAAAGCAGUGAAAGGUAAAGGCGCGUGGUAUUGGACUCAUCUCGAACCAAUCCUCGUACGCAACACCGACACUGGUCUCCCCAAAGCCGUGAAACUCCGCUGCUCCUUGUGCGACGCCGUUUUCUCCGCCUCCAACCCUUCGCGCACCGCCUCCGAGCAUCUCAAACGCGGCACCUGUCCCAAUUUCAACUCCGUCACUCCCAUUUCCACCGUCAACCCUUCUCCUUCCCCUUCCUCCUCCUCUCCUCUCGCCCACCCUCCUCAUCAUCACCGGAAACGAAACUCCUCCGGCACCGUCACCACCGCUGUUCCUUCUCGGCUCAAUCCUCCUCCCCAGCCCAUCGGAGGCUCCUACCACGUGACGCCUAUAACCGUCGUCGAUCCUUCGAGAUUCUGCGGCGGAGAAUUGCAGUACGCCUCGCCGCCGGGAGUUGCCGGGCCGCAUUUGAUGCUCUCCGGCGGAAAAGACGACCUGGGUCCGUUAGCUAUGCUCGAAGACAGUGUGAAGAAGCUCAAAAGCCCCAAAACGUCGCACACGCAAUCUCUCACCAGAUCGCAGAUAGAAUCGGCUCUUGACUCUCUCUCCGAUUGGGUCUUCGAAUCUUGCGGGUCGGUUUCUCUAUCGGGUCUGGAGCAUCCGAAGUUUCGAGCUUUUCUGACCCAAGUCGGUAUGCCAAUCAUCUCCAAGAGAGAUUUCGCCACCACGAGGCUGGACGUCAAGUACGAGGAGGCGAGAGCAGAGUCUGAAUCCAGAAUCCGAGACGCGAUGUUCCUCCAAGUCGCAUCGGACGGCUGGAAAUCAGGCGAAUCCGGCGAGAACCUCGUGAAUUUGAUUGUGAAUCUACCCAACGGGACGAGCCUGUACAGAAGAGCGGUCCUGGUGAACGGAGCUGUGCCGUCCAACUACGCGGAGGAGCUCUUGCUGGAGACGGUUAAGGGCAUUUGCGGAAAUUCACCUCAGAGGUGCGUUGGGAUCGUCUCUGAUAAGUUCAAGACCAAAGCACUGAGGAAUCUCGAGAGCCAGCACCAGUGGAUGGUGAACCUGUCUUGUCAGUUUCAAGGGCUCAACAGUUUGAUAAAAGACUUCGUGAAAGAGCUGCCUUUGUUCAAAGCCGUGUCGCAAAACUGCCUGAGACUCGCCAAGUUCAUCAACAACACGGCGCAGAUACGAAACGCGCACUGUAAGUAUCAGCUGCAAGAGCACGGCGAGUCGAUCAUGCUUCGGUUGCCUUUACAUUGUUAUUACUACGACGAACGUAGAAGCUGUAGUAGUAGUUAUAGUAGCAAGGUUUGUUUCUUCGAGCCGUUGUUUAAUCUUCUUGAGGACGUGUUGAGUUCCGCUAGAGCAAUUCAGUUGGUCAUGCAUGAUGAUGCUUGUAAAGCUGUUUUAAUGGAGGAUCAUACGGCUAGGGAGGUGAGAGAGAUGGUCGGAGACGAAGGGUUUUGGAACGAGGUGGAGGCGGUUCACAAUUUGAUCAAGCUUGUCAAGGAGAUGGCUAAGAGAAUAGAGGAGGAGAAGCUGCUUGUAGGGCAAUGCCUGCCGUUAUGGGAUGAGCUAAGAGCUAAGGUUAAAGAUUGGGAUUCUAAGUUCAAUGUAGGAGAAGGACAUGUUGAGAAACUCGUUGAGAGAAGAUUCAAGAAGAGCUAUCACCCGGCUUGGGCCGCGGCGUUCAUACUAGACCCUCUUUACUUGAUAAGAGAUAGCACCGGGAAGUAUCUUCCUCCGUUCAAAUGUUUGUCGCCGGAGCAAGAGAAAGAUGUAGAUAAGUUGAUAACAAGGCUUGUGUCUAGAGACGAGGCACACAUCGCUUUGAUGGAGCUUAUGAAAUGGAGAACCGAAGGGCUUGAUCCCACGUAUGCACGGGCGGUGCAAAUGAAAGAGCGUGACCCGGUUUCCGGUAAGAUGAGGAUAGCGAAUCCUCAGAGCAGUAGGCUUGUUUGGGAGACGUAUCUUAGUGAGUUCAGGUCACUAGGGAAAGUAGCAGUGAGGCUCAUUUUCCUCCAUGCGACUACUUGUGGUUUCAAGUGCAACUCCUCUCUUUUGAAAUGGGUGAACUCGAACGGGCGGUCACAUGCAGCCAUAGAUCGAGCACAAAAGCUUAUCUUUAUAUCAGCCAAUUCGAAAUUCGAGAGGAGAGAUUUCUCUAAUGAAGAAGAUAGGGAUGCAGAGCUUCUCGCCAUGGCUAAUGGUGAUGACAAUUUGCUAAACGAUGUUCUUGUCGAUACAUCCUCGGUGUGA